AACAUCCGCCAUAUUGUUGGAAAUGCAAACCUGUAAACAUAAAAGGCUUGUCUGAAGAAAACUCCAAAAAAUUAGUGCUAUGAAGACAAUUCACGUCAAAACGGUAUAAGAAAUGAAGCAUGGCAAAGUUAAGCAGUGCAGAUGGAUAAAAAAGAAGCACGACGGCAAAUGAUUGAAAAGAAAAUUUCCUUCUCCAGGUAAAAGAAGAUGGCUGACGCACAGUGUGAUAACAGUGGAAUCUCAAAGUCAGCGGAGAGAGCGUCUGUGUUUGGCGAAGAAAACACCAGAUCUUCACAUGAAGGUGAUCAGCAGAUGUUGGUGGUUAAGGAAGAAGUUCCUGAUCUGUGGAGCUCUAGUUUGGACCAGCAGAAUCCAGUGCUGUUCCAGGUGAAGUGUGAAGACUGGAAAAAGUUUAAUGAUCCGGAUAGAGAGCUGCUUAUUGAGCAGAGAGAGCCCGACAACACCGAUUUUAAAUUCACUGUUGUUAAGGUGAAGAUUGAAGAGGACGAUGAGAACCUUCUGUCAUCAGAGCGUCAACACAUCAAAUCGGAAGACAACAGGAAGGCAGAAUCUCCAACCAGCUGCUCACCUGAACAGAUGGGAACAGAAACUGGCAGAGAGGACAGCAGAGGACCAGAAGCAGACAGAAAUACUGAGUGGUUAAAUCCAAACACUGACAAAAAUGCUUCCACCUCUUCAGAGACUGAAGUCAGUGGUGAGGAUGAUGAUGAUGAUGAUGAUGAUGGAUGUGAUGAUACUCCGUCAGGUUCUGGAUCGGAACAGGAAGACAGUGACGAAGACUGGGAGGAGACCAGGACACAUCAGCGAGGAGGAAAGUCCUCCAGUUACUUGGCUGAUGCAAACCUUUCUAAAACAGAGCAAAAUUCAGAUUCACAAAAAGUCCUCAGUGAGAAUAAAGUGUUUGUGUGUGACGAUUGUGGUAAACCAUUUUACUAUCUGUAUCACCUCAAGCGUCACAUGGCCCACCACAAAGGAGAGAAACCAUUUCAAUGUGACGAAUGUGGUAAAAAGUUCACUUUGAGGGGAAAUCUGAACCAACACUUGACGAUUCAUAAUGGAGAAAAACCUUUUGCCUGCAACCUCUGCGACAGACGCUUCAGACUGAGCAGCCUUCUUCAAUCACACGUAGUAACACAUGUAGGGGUGAAAGCCUUUACCUGCCAGCAUUGUGGAGAAAGAUUUACUCGAGAGGGAGCUUUGAAGAGACAUGUUGUACGGCACACUGGCGUGAAACCAUUUGCUUGUACUAUAUGCGAUAAACAAUUCUACAGAAAGCCCGAUUUAAAGUGUCACAUGGCAAUUCACUCGAGAGAACAGAGAGUCAGCUCUGCACCGAGGAACUUUGCUUGUGACGAAUGUGGAAAAAGAUUUAUCCACAAGUGCCAUGUCACAAGACACAUGAUCACCCACACUAGAGAAAAAAACUUCAGCUGUGACGUUUGUGGUUUGAUGUUUAAGUGGCAGAGCGCUUUAAAGAGACACAAAAAGAAAUUUCACAACCAAUAGAAACUGCUCAGAUAUCUUGGCUCAUUAAUGUGUUUAUUAGGACGAGCUUAAUUGUGGGAGUCUUUUCGCUGAGUGAUAAUAUCAUUGCUAAAAUACCUCCAGUGUAUGCCGUACUUUUUACUCAUUUGAUAUUUAUCCAAGUCUAAGUAUGGAAAGAAUGAAAAGAAUUAUGGGAAAUUGAGUACAAUUAUUAAUUAGACCUUAGACUUAUUCUUAUACAAAGAACAAAAUCUGUAGAAUCAGUAGAAAUCAAUGGCUUCUUGCUUUAUUUGUCUUUAAGAAGUAUUAUUUGUCUUUGAAUAGAAACAUCUCGAUUUAAAUUGUAAACAAAGAUAUUAAUUGAUUUGCUUGUGAAGGAUGUUAUUCAUUUAUUUGACCAGGUUUUACCCUAAAUAAUGUCUCUUCCUUUAGUUGUUCUCAUAAGACUUUAGGAUUAAGGCACAUUGUUUAAAAAACCUGAAGGAUAUCAAAACCUUUUGACAUCAUUGUUAUCGCAGAAGGAGGUCCUUGAAACGUGCAGAAUAAGUGAUUACAGGUCAUUGGGCAAGAAAUUAUGAAAUAUUUUCUAAAUGGUUUCUUACAUUAUGUGUUGAAUGCAGUGGUAACUUUGUUUUUCUUUGUUUACACACAAAUAGGUGAUAAUCUGUCACAUGAUUUAAUUAGAAGUUUAAGUCUGUACCUAAAAAGAUGAGGACAAACACUGUGCCUGAAACUAUAAUAAUUAAUAAAGCCUUUUAUAGGA